AUGGGCAUCCGCGACUUCUUUGACGGUCGAUUUUUCGAUACCAGAUACAAGACCAAAAUCCACAUCGCGCAAGUCGCCCUGAUGGCACUGGCCAUCAUCCUCACCAUCUGGCGCAUGGCCAUGCCGGGCUUCAAGUCUCUCAUCAUCAUCGGCUACCAACUUCUGACGACUCACAAGGAGCGCUUCAAGAAGUGGGCUUCGCUCAAAGCCAACGCUAUCCUCAAUACAAUGGAGAUUGUGUUCUGGUUCGUCGCCUUUGGUCUGUUGUGCCAGGCGAAUGGAAGGUUCUGCACGGGUGGUAGCUGUGCUCUCAGCUGGAUUGUGACACUCAUCGUCAUGGUUUUGAUUGUUCUUGCCUUCCAGACAUCGGUCGUGUCUAUCAAGGACUACCGAUACUGGAAACACUUUGGCAUCAACCGAGAGACGGAGAUCCAAGCAGCUUACCCAAAACCUCAAGUCUGA